AUGCCUCUAGGAGUCGUGCCUGAAACUGUGAUUCUUGCAGUUGUAGUUCCACAACAGCUGGAGGGCUGGAGAUGCCCACUCCUGUCCUUGCGGGUUCAGAGGACCUCAUGUUUGGACCGGGUUUGGUCUGAACUUGAGCUCAUUCCUACCUAUGAGUAUAGAAUAUGGGAGAUGCCAAUGCUCUAUAGAGAUGUGAUCACAGAUGUAGCGGCUGAACCAGAGGAUGAAGCAGGACCUUCUUUGGACCCCAAAUCUAUGGAAGAAGAGUCAAUGAAGAUUGAGGAUCAACAGAGCACAAAGGUCCCCACGGCCAGUUCUAAGCCCCGGCGGGCCCGCACCGCCUUUACAUACGAGCAGCUUGUGGCCCUUGAAAGUCGCUUUCGAAGCAGCCGAUAUUUAUCAGUGUGUGAGCGGCUCAGCUUGGCUUUGACUCUGCACCUAACAGAGACUCAAGUCAAGAUCUGGUUCCAGAACCGGAGAACGAAGUGGAAGAAGCAGCAGUCUCCAGGAAGCGUAGAGGCCAGAGCCUGUAAUACUUACAGUUGUCCUCAGAGUCCCGGUCCACAGUUUAUUCCACCUUUUCCAUCCUACCCCUGCACUGUGCAACACCCUCACAUGUGCCCAAGUACAAACCACCAGAUGCCACCAUUUCCUAGACUUUUCCUAUCUCCUUCCAACUCCUUUCAACCUUCUCCAGCUUGUCCUUUCCCUCGCUUUUUUAAUUCAGUCAGCAUGACAUCAUUUUAUAGCCCCACCCCCUAG